GGAUGAAAUAAUCUACGAGGCGCCCAUUCCUUUUACCUUUCCCAGCCAUGCGCGGAAACAAAAAAGUGACUGCACCAGCGGGCACGUUGAUCUCUUUAGGCACGAAAACAAAGCGCUGUGCUCCAUCUCCUUCCGCGUCAAGUCCAACCGCUGUAAAGAAAUCCAAAAGUGAUCUACCUGUGGACGUUGAAGCUGGUGAAUUGGUGAGCCGUACGGAGUCUGCAUUGAACUCAGGAAACCUCGCCCUAGCGGAGUCACUCGUUCUAAGUGCCCUCUACCAACUGCGCGUAACUGGCAGUUCCGCUUUCUCCAGACCAGCUUCAUCCUCCUCUUCCUCCGGAUUCCGCGGUGUUUUAGCUUCGUCAGGUUCGAGAUUACUUACUGGCUUCUCUAUCGGAUUGUUGCUUUUGGCCCGGUCUCAUCCAACCCUGUUUGCUCGGGUUUCUGUGUUGGAUCAGCUGGUUUCCUUAUUGUCUCUAAGUCCUCGUGAUCUUGGUAUUUCUUUGCCCCCGGCUGCUGUAAGCACCAUCACCGCUCGUGCUCGCGGACUACACGUGCUUGUGGCAAAUUUAAUCUACCUAGCCCUGGAAAACCAAUCAAAGUGGCCUUCCAAUCUACUUAAAGCCUACCUAGAAGACAGUUUGUCCGAUCGAAUAUGGGUUGACCAGGACGAGUGCCGGUUGUUCGUGCUCAAUGUGGAGACUGCAUUUCCAAAAUCCUUCGGUGAUCCUCGAGGAUUAUUCUCUCUCAUUUCUACUCCCGUCGGUGGAAUGCUGCCCUGCGCUUCAGGUGCUGCUGGCUCUUCUGUCCAAAGUGGAGCAACCAAUGCGGUUCAAAUCGUCCUCGGUCUUUGCUCCGGCGCCUCAACAGGCAAGAAUGACAUUACAACCACGAAGUCAGAUGAGAUCACCGAAGCUGUUUCCACUGUUCUGCAGUCGCAGCCACCAUCAAUUGCCAAGCUCAUUCAUGGGACAGACCUAGCCACUUGUGUUGCUCCUCGUUUCGAGUUCUGUCGUCAGGCAAUUGAAGUGGUUAUUGUGAAUACACUUCGAGAAGCCCUUGGACGCAGAGGACCUAUCGGAAAUCAACAGCCCUCUUCAACACCCGCAGUGACCACCGCUCCGUCCACUGGUGGGUCUGCGUUGAUGAGCGCAGCUGCCGGUGCUCCUGGUGCAGCUAUAGCCGCUGGGGCUACAUUAGGCUCUAAUGAAUUGACUCAGUUACGGAGUCUGCUUCGCACUGUCGCAAUGGCAGUUGGCCUCCCGGAAGUCAGAGGAUUGGUAGCAUCCCGUUUGGAGAAUUGGCUCACGAAUCCAAAAGUGCAUUUGUUUAGCGUCGGUUUACUGGCUCUGUUGACUGCGAACUGCCGCCUUGGAGGCCUUUCUCCACAUGACUUGGAUUUAAUGAUUACCAUUAUUUACCGGAUUCGAUACAAGUUACUCAAACCAAACAUGCAGGGUGCAUUCUUUGAGUGUGUCAAUCACAUGGUGAAGGCGUCACCUACAAAUCUGUACACUUUGGUUAACCUAUGUCUUGCUUCUGAACUUCGUCCGCCGACUCCUCCGGAUGCACUUGAGUCCAAGCCUCAAUCCGCACAGCAUUUUAGUCAGGCAGUCCUCCGUAUUGUGGACUCUGUACGCACCAUGGCAAAUGACCAAUCUACGGAUGAUGAGUAUUCAACAACCCCUCAAGCUGGACAGCAGCAGCUGAUUUCCACAGCUAUGGCUGCCGUUGCUGCUGGAGCAGCCGCCGUUGCCUUUCGUUCAUCCGGAUCUCCAUAUCAACUGUUACCUUUUCUGCAUCAGCGUUACCCCGCUCAAUGGGUCCGCCUUGUGGGCAAUGCCAUUCAUGAACGAAUGCUCCUGUUGGCUACCUCAUGCUAUGCACCGCGCGAUCGUUCUCCGAUACCCGAGGAACAGUUGACCGAAGAUGUUCUAAAUGGACUAUCCCCGGUGUUUUCCAUCCUCCGUGAGCUGGCACGCAACUGGCGCUCCAGUACCUCAGAGGUGGCUUCUGGAGGAUCUGCUCUAAGCCAACAGAUUGGCAUCCAAACUUAUCUGCCAUGCGCAGAAUUGGCGGGUGCGGUGCUACAAGAUCGAGUGCACAGAGGAAACACGACGGUAUCUGCAGCUGCAGGUGCAAUCGUCGCCUCGUUAGUCAACGGAAAAGAUUCAGUCGGUUCCAAAGGCCACAUCGUUAACUUUCAGUUUUACCUUAAUGCUAUCGUUUCCCUGAUUGCUGGACUACAGAUGCUUUCAGCAAGUAGACCGCAUUUGAACAUUGCUCCGACCGUGAGACGCACAAACAACCAUACCGAUGCAAUGAAAGCUCAUCAGCUGGCGCUGCGGCAGAUUCGUCUUUCAUUCAUGCGGUGGUCUAAAACUAUCUUUCCCGCUAUCAUUAACGCUGCCGUGCAGUCUAUGACAGUUGGAGAGGGUACAGAGCUCAACGUCAAUUCUGCCGUGCUUGCUUGCUUUGAGGCGCUGAAACCAAGUUCACUGAUUCGCCGAGCGUUCAUGUUGGAUUCCAUCAGUCCACUGCACCAUCCAGACUCCAACGUAUAUGAAUUGUUUUCCUGUUACCCACUUCGGUUUAUUUGGACACCCGAUCAGGAUCAUAGCUCCUUGGCCCGACUAGUUACGGAUGCAUGUAUGCCAGAAAAACUUGCACACCAACUUUUAUUGUUGGGCUUGGAGCCAUCUUGGCAGUUACUCAGUCCAUUGGAAUCCUUGGAUAUUGUGUGUGAAUUGAUAUGGCAUGCAGCCUGCCUGGCCCGUGAUUCCGGACUGGAUUCUCUAAAUAUUGUCAAGACUGAACAGUUAAUCGAUCUUAUGUACGCCAGCUGUACCUACUCGUCUGACCAGCCGCUCCCACUGGAGAUAUCCGAGUUGGCCUAUGCCCCACCGUAUUGGAAGACCUCAAUCACUGCGGUUGUAUUGGCAGCUAGCUGCCCCCAGAGUUGUGGUUUGUUUUUCUGGUCCAACUAUCCAACUAUUCGCCGCAUGUUGGAGAUGGUAAUCACUGGCGACUUCGCCUGUUCUCCGGACUCCAUCCUCCUCGAAAGGGAUAGUAGUGUCUUCGAAUCUGAGAAGUUGAAUGCUGAAAUCGAGUUGCAGCUAAUCAUCCGCCUGGAAACAUUAAUGCUCAAUCCCACUUCGGACGAUGGUGGUUCCCAGCCUUCUGUAACCGUGACUCCGAAGACUUCAAAACUGUUAGGGAGGCUAGUACGAAAUAAUCCUCGCGGUCCUUGCCGAAUUCCGCCUCCAGAUCAGUUAACUACAUUGCAGUAUGUAGCCGAGAAACUAAAUCUUGGAAGAAAGUUAUGGUGUAGCCGUGAACCGGAUUUUCUACUAGAAUUGAUCAGGAUGCGCUCAUUUCCCGUCGUUGUACAGCCGUGGCUUAUCCGUAUGGUUGAAUCUAGCGGACCGGACCUCGAAAUGCUUCCUGUUCAAUGCCUGUGCGAAUACUUUCUCAAUGUCAACAUUUCGAAACUACAAACCAUUCACAAAGAUUUUUUACCAUCGCUGACUGUUGACGCCCAUGCUUCGGAUUCGCGCUGGUUCCGUGACACCAGGAACGCGAUGCUUUUUAGCUCAAAGGAAGCGUCGCAUGCUUCAGAGCCUACUAAUGAGAAACUUGGGGGUCACCUUAUCAACAGGCUUCGUGAAGAAAUACGCACUUUCGGGAACACAGUUGCCUCUGACGCUUUGUUACAUUCGUUCUUUACUCGUCUAUGUGAUUCACACAGCUUGGUCCGCCGAGCCGCACGCCAAUGUCUGCAUCUUCUAGUUGAUUCCGAAUCCACACCAGCCUCCAGUAAUAUUCUCGAUUCGGUCAGCACUUGGCUUCACGCUCUUCAACGACUGCGUUAUUUGCCAAUUCUUCGGAACGAGCCGUCCCUUGACAGUAUUGGCUACGAGAAUAAUGCCAAGCCUUUCCAACAUUUGUUAAUGACUGUUUUAUCGGCACUAUUGGUGGAAAAUGAUUUGGAUAUUUUAAGUGGCUACGUGAUCUUCCUCAGUCAGGUCACUCUAUCUCCGUCGUUCAUUUCCUGGCGCCCGGUAAUAGUCGGACUCACGAACUUUAUCUUAACGCGUUCAAGCAUUUUGUCGGCUCUGCUUCAUCGACCACUUUAUUCAACUGAGACGGCGAAUACUGCCUACCUGUCACUAGAGGCCUUGUGUGACAUGUUUGUCCGUUACAUUGAAUACAAUUGCACUGCAGCCGAGGCCAUUCCUAUCGAUGAGAAUAAGAGCGUGUUUGUCGCUUGGUCACCCGAUCGCCAGUGUCCUUUGGAAUUGGAUUGUAUUCAAGCCCAGCUACUUCUGUUAACCCACCUGUAUGACGAACUCCCAGUUAACCGUCCUCCAGAUUUGUUUGAUCAACUCGAUGAGGACAUUACGACCUAUUAUGUCGGUGAUAAAAGUGCUUGGGCUCGCUUGCGCGAUCUAUGGUUCAUAUCCAGCAGCCAAUCCGGUUCGCAGUGUUUCUACAAAUUGCCUGACCUAUCUCCGUUUGUCUUCCCAAUGCCCCAAUUUCACUGCUCUGAGUUCUCCAGACCUGAUCAUUUCACAUUUGAGCCCUCGACUGACGGAGGCGCCCCCCGACCGUGUAUAUCAAACGAACUUCGAUGUAGGCUCAUUGAAACUAACCAGGAGAUUUUGAUAGCGGGAGCCCUGUGGUCGCUAUCAACACAGGAGAUAUUGGAUACGCUGCAUAGUUUAACUCCAUAUGUUCUCACUGACAACACCGUUGAUGUGCUCCGUCGGCAGCUUGAGUCACAUCUAUCUCAUUGUGAUGAGUCAUCGCAAAGCGCAAUUCAAGUGCACAUUGAACGCCUCAAUGACAAGAGAAUACAACCUGUUUUCACGGAUUUGGAUUUGAGGGGCUCUUCCAGUGAUCCUGUCAACUUCAGUGUAAACCUACCAGCAGUGGAUGGAUCCGAAUGCCAGAAUCCAAAUAACCUUGAACACCCAAUACAUUUACCAGAUAUUGCUUCGGAUUCUUUCUGGUAUCAACUGGUUGCUGUUCUUAAACCCAUGGAUUCAGUUCGCCAAGCCGGCCUGAUUUGCGAUGCCACUCAUCUCGUUAUCUGCGAUUACACUGUGGGGACCAAAUGGCUGUUUCAGAUAGACCACGAGUUGGCUAUUUUAGAGUCAACUACUCGAAAAUCUCGCGGUCGAAUGAGCACACGAAAAUCGCCUGCGAAACACAAAUCUGUCACAAUUGAAGAUGCAGCUACAUUCUUUCAUUCGCUUUGUGACAAUAAAGCAUUAAUCAGACUUUUCCAGCCGCUCAUCUCUAUUUGUGUACAUCUAGAGCAAGAGCCUCAGAUUGUCGGCACGCGGUUCAUGAAUCGAUUGAAGACUGUUGUUUCUUCGAAUCUAACUCUUACGGACAUCCGUCAGUGUCUAGCCAACUUGGCACUCUUCACUGGUAUUACAGUUGGGUCAAGACCUCCACUCUCUGUUGAUGUGUCAUCUGGGAGUGCUGCAUCCUCGCCCUCGUUAUCUGAGCUUCCAAUUAACCCCGUGUCAUCAACAGAUUCCGAACGCAUUGACGGCCUCUUCCUUGAUUCGAUCCAGACUUUCGGGCUGACUGAGUUAAUCUGUACUAAGGAGGAGGGUGCACUGUGUCCCGAAUCACCUGAGUCACGCCCGCUUAAGGAGCAAAUCCUACGGCCCAUUUUUUAUCAAAGCACUUCGACAGCAUGGAAAUGUUCCGAAUAUCUGCUGACAGAGCUACUCGAUCAAGCAGACACUUCGUUCUUGAAUGAAUGUGUCCGUGAUUUACUUCAGUCGAAACAAUCGGCUAAAUUAAAUUGCACGCGUUUCCUGGAUUUCCUGCACUCUGUUCUAACUUUGCCUCGUCUGACUUAUCCCGUGCCUCGAUCAGAACCGCGCGAUCGUCCUGAUGCUGUCACGGCCUUGAGUGAGCUUCUUCUUCUCAAUGUAUCAGAGUCUUAUCAAUUGCUCAACUUUGUGCUUCAAGAAGCAUGCGAUGAAAUGUUACUGGCUUCAUCUGUUGAUCCCAAGUCAUCAGAUUCUUUACUUGCCAAGCGAACACCACUACUUGAUCUGGCUGUGACUCGCUGGCCGAACCGUUGCAUCCAUUAUCUUGAAGCUUUAUCAGGGUUCUUUCCCCUUGAGGAGAGUUUACUUCCUGGGGACUCUUCGGUUGACACAGAUCCUUCUCAACACUGUUUACGACAAGCUUGGCGCCCACUUGCGCAAAGGUUGCUUGUUCACCUCUACCUGAGAUGGCCCGGUUUGGUUUAUUUGAUGCGUUCCUGUGAGGCAAGACAACUGGUUCGAUAUCGGAUUUCCUCAUCCCCAAGCAUGAACGAGGAGACUAACUGUGUCAAAGAGAUGUAUACGGCGCCUCCAUUUGAGAUCGAUCGCCUGGGUUCACUUAUCCUUGUCGGACUGACUUCUGCCAACAGCACAGUUUGUGGAACGGCGCGACAUGCCACCCAAGCCAUGGCGAUAUAUCAUCCGCACGCAUUUCUUCGUCUUUUACCUAUAUUGGCUGCUCUAAGUGAGGGUCGAGUUGGGUUGAGUUGGUCACAGUUUUCUGCCCGGUCUUAUCAUGUGCUCUUCGCUCACUUUCUCCGUUUGUUGGAGCUUCUGGCUUUUUCCACAAUACACGAUAAUACGGAAACUACUGUAUCUACUCCAACAGCAAAUGUGCUCGAGUACACGGGCACGCUAUUCAGCCCAUUGGCAACCGAAUAUAGUGAAUGCAUUGAUCGUCUACUUGCUAACCUGGUGAGUAUGCUUGCCCGAUUCUACACUCCAUCAAGGCGUCUAAAUGUAUUGGCCAAUAAGCUCGCUCGAUUGCUCGAGCUCUACUGCCAGAAUGCACCAUGGAUCACCGGUCCCACUAGAGGCAGCGCACUUCUGGAUGCGAAUCAAAAUGUGAUCAAUGAAGUGGAGAUUUUGGCCUCCGAACUCGAUGAGUUUCGUUAUGUGUUAAAUCUCCUCUCCUACAGUGUUAAUUCUGAUAAGGAGCAAAAUGAACAGACCAAUUCAGGUCGGUCUUCACUUUGCACCUUGAACUCUGGGAGCUUCAGUAAGCUGAACCGAAAAUGGAGUCUAUCCGCAAUUUCACCAUUCAUACAACAGCUGAGAAAUUUUGCCAAUGUUCGGGACAUUUUAUUGGUUUUAGAAGACUUGGACAAUGCCUCCAGACGACGGAUAGAUUCAUUGCUUUAUUUCAAGUCUGAAUUGCAGCGCUUGAUGAUACAUUCGGAUUCUACAGUUAGUACCUUGGCUGUCAAACUUCUGCUACGCCUUCUCGGCCAAUACCCACACCUGGCAUCUGAGACAGUGGAGUCUACAGUUAUUCCUUACUUAUCAACAAAGUUGACAGAUACCGAAUCUCUCAGCACCGCAGUCCUAACAGCUUUACCAGAUUUAUGUUUGCUCGCACCACAUUUGGGAUCCAAGAUUUUGCGAGUUUGCGGAUGUCGUUUGCUUUCUGGACUUCUCGAUGACUCGAGCUUUGCUCUUAUAGCAUCUGUGGAAGAGUCUGUCCGACAGCUAACUCUAGACGGCUUUGAUGAUGCGUCGAUCGAACACGCGGCAUCCGCCCUCGUCAGCCGAAGCAACGUUAUUCGUGGAACUUAAUCCUGCCUAUGUUUGGCAGUUGGUGUGUACAUAUUUACACAGUUAGCCCAAGCAUGCAUGUACAUAGCUUGCAACGAUCAUGCGGUUGCACUUUUGCCCCAAGUAUGAAAUAAAAGCACUUCCUUACCCCAUACGUUCUGACGCUUUAUAGUUUGAUUGGAUUUUCGUGUGCUCCUGCUAGCGUACUAAACACUCGACACUUAAUUGUUGCACUUGAUACACUCUCAGCUGUUAAAUCUUCGUAGUGAACAUGGAGCGUUUUGAAGCUUCCGCAUUGCCCAUCGUCUGGAUAAG